GCGGGAGAAGCACAAACAACGCAUAGCUCCACUUCGCAAGCAAGAACAUCGGCCUGCACGGCCCCAAUUCUCAUCAAGCUCGCAUCUUGGAUCACACGAAUUCAGAAAGCUCUUGCGGUCCAGGAACAGAUCGGGAGCCUGAAUUUGUUUGAGGUGUGCGAGCGGCCAUGGAGGUGGAGGCGGUCAGCUGCGAGUGCUGCGGGCUGGAGGAGGAGUGCACGGGCGAGUACACCGCCGGCGUGCGGGCCUACUUUGGGGGAAGGUGGCUGUGCGGGCUGUGCUCGGAGAGCGUCAAGUACGAGGCCGGCAAGUGCGCGGGCGGCGCGGCGCCCGGCGUGGAGGAGGCCGUGCGCGCGCACAUGGCCAUCUGCCGCACGCUCAAGAGCGGCGGGCCCGCGGGGCGCGUCGCCGACGGCAUGCGCCAGAUGCUGCGCACCGCGUCCUGGAAGAAGGCGGCGGCGGCGGCCCCGUCGCGGUCGGCGGGGGGACACCACCGCUCGUCGCCGCUCUCCAUCGGGCUCUGAUCGUGCUUGGCUCAAAGGCUCUCUAGCCAGGCGCUGGAUCGAGGUGCACUCUAUAGCUUCGGCUUCCUCUCGAUCACUAGCUAGGCGCUGUUGCUAGCGUUCUUCGUCAGGUCGAGCCCCAUGGGUGUUUGCGACUUCUAUGUAAGCUUUGAUUUUUGAACCAGUUUGUACAUAUAUGCAAGGAAUUAAGGAUCAACCAAGCCUUUGAGAUUAUGGCUUUGAUCAAUCGAGCUAUCAAAUAGCUUAUACUCUGCAUCGGAUAUAUCAAAUGAGCUGGUUGUUCUUGGAUUAAA